AUGGUGUGUAUCAGAAUCUUGAAUGUUAACGAACGUUUUGUAACAGAAUCCUACAAUACUACAAACGUUCUGUUUCAAAAUCUUACGAUAUUACAAUCUUUCUGUAUACAAAAUUACAUUCUAUCUGUAUCAGAAUCUUACAAACUUUCUGUUUCAGAAUCUUACAAUAUUACAUACUUUCUGUUUCAGAAUCUUACAAUUUUACAAUCAGUCUGUAUCAGAAUCUUACAAUAUUACAAUCAGAAUCUUACCAUCUUUCUGUUUCGGAAUCUUACAAUAUUACAAUCUUUCUGUUUCAGAAUCUUACAAUAUUACAAUCUUUUUGUAUCAGAAUCUUACAAUCUUUUUGUAUCAGAAUCUUACAAUAUUACAAUCUUUCUGUAUCAGAAUCUUACAAUAUUACAAUCUUUUUGUAUCAGAAUCUUCAAUAUUACAAUCUUUUUGUAUCAGAAUCUUACAAUAUUACAAUCUUUCUGUAUCAGAAUCUUACUAAAUUACAAUCUUUCUGUAAAAGAACAGAAUCUUUCUGUAUCAGAUCAGAAUCUUUCUGUAUCAGAUCAGAAUAUUUUUGUAUCAGAUCAGAAUCUUUCUGUAUCAGAUCAGAAUCUAUCUGUAUCAGAAUCUUUCAAAUUACAAUCUUUAGGUGUUAGAGUUUUACAAUAUUACAAUCUUUCUGUAGCGGAAUCUUACAAUAUGACAAUAUUACAAUCUUUCUGCAGCAGAAUCUUACAAUAUUACAAUCUUUCUGUAGCAGAAUCGUACAAUAUUACAAUCUUUCUAGUUUUACAAUAUUACAAUCUUUCUGUAGCAGAAUCUUACAAUAUGACAAUAUUACAAUCUUUCUGUAGCAGAAUCUUACAAUAUUACAAUCUUUCUGUAUCAGAAUCUUACAAUAUUACAAUCUUUCUGUAUCAGAAUCUUACUAUAUUACAAUAUUACAAUCUUUUUGUAGCAGAAUCUUACAAUAUUACAAUCUUUCUGUAUCAGAUCAGAAUCUUUCUAAUCUUACAAUAUUACAAUCUUUCUGUAUCAGAAUCUUACAAUAUUACAAUCUUUCUGUAUCAGAAUCUUACUAUAUUACAAUAUUACAAUCUUUUUGUAGCAGAAUCUUACAUUACAAUCUUUCUGUAG